UCCGGAUGUCGUUUUAAGUUGACGGUAAUGUGUAAAUGUGACAACACUGAAAUAGUUCGUAAGACUUUAACACGUAAAUGUAAUUAGCAUGUAAAACGUAUCGCUAGUAAAUCCCAGAGUGCAGCAACAUCCUGAAGUCACGUGCCGCUCGAUCAGCGGACAUCAUUGGCGCGAGGAAGACGACUGACAGCAUGAUGAUCAAAUUGCUCGAAAAACUACCAUCUGAACAAUGUCCUAAACUCAUACACAGGGUGGUGGAUGGGGUGUGCGGCCAGAGUGGUCCGAGGAGAACAGAUUACGGUGAACGGUGGAGUCUGACAGAAUGGGUGGAGUUAAUGAAUGCUCUCUCCUCUUUUAUCCACUUUGGCGUAGGAAGGGGUUGUUUUGAUCAAGAGAUCCAGGAACUACUGAGUGAUUUGGACACGGCACGCGCCGAGGCUCUUCUCCAGUGUGUGCGCUCCAGGUUUGAUGAGAUCAGACAUGCUUUGGUGGACAGAACCAAUGGCAUCUCAAGCACACAGCUACAGGACUUCAACUGGCAGUUAAAGCUGGCAUUAUCCAGCGACAAGCUGUCAGCUUUAAACAUUCCUCUGCUAAAUCUCAGUUUGGACCUGAAGGAGAAUGGAAUUCAAAGAUUGGUGACUAUAGAAAUGAACAAAGAGGAGCUGCACACUCUCAUCAGUGCACUAGAGGCUGCUAAUAAGGUUGUGUUGCAGUUGAAAUGAAGAUACCAAACAAAGAUUGUUCUGUGCCAUCAAACUUUCAAAGAGAGGAUUUCUGAGGUCUGUAUUAUGAGACAAUGUCUGAAUGUGGGCAAACAGAAACCUUACGGACAGAACCGGGAACCUAUCAGUGUCUCCUACCUGAGGUCUUCAUGAAAGACUGAAUAUUAUUGUUCAAGCUCCAUCAUUAUGGACUACAGUUGACUUGAAGUUGCCUAGGUAAUGGUGGUAGGGCCGUUUUGAGGCAGAGUAUUUUGCACAAUGAAAAUCUAAAUGCCUGACAUUGAUCUUGCUUUCAAUUCUCCAUGCAAUGCAUUUUGGUUUCACACCCCAAAAAGUUGCCUUUCUAAAUAAAGUAACUAAAACAUUAAAUGACAACACCUGAGUGGUGGGUUGUUCCUUUUUUGCCAAUGCAAGUCAACAUAAUGACUAAAAGGCAGAAACCACACCUUUUCAUGGGAUAAUGUGAACACAUGACUCACUUGUAAUCCUGAUUAAUAUGUUAAAGCUUACGUGUCCAUUUUGCACAUGUUGAAGUGGAUUAAAUCUAAGUUUGU